AGUUAUUCGAAGUUGGCAGGGGCGUGGCGUGCGCGCGUGCAGGCUGAUGACUCUCGGGAUUCAGUCAUGCAUGGUCACACAAUGUGACAGUCGCGAUGGCAGGGAACCGGAGGCAGCAGCGCUUCGCGGAACCCCAUCUCCAACUUCAAUUCGCCUCGAAAAUCUAGCUUUUCUGGCUGCGCGAGACCGGCCUCGAAUCCACGCGUGAAGAAGGCUUUGGUUGAGAUAAGUUGGCUGGCUGGCGGCUUUCAGAGGAGUUCGGCUGGAAAUCGUGAAGGAUGGGUGACUGGAGCUUUCUGGGGCGGCUGUUGGAGAAUGCUCAAGAACACUCGACGGUGAUCGGCAAGGUGUGGCUGACGGUCCUCUUCAUCUUCAGGAUCCUGAUCCUGGGGGCGGCGGCUGAGGAUGUGUGGGGCGACGAGCAGUCCGACUUCACCUGCAACACCCAGCAGCCCGGGUGCGAGAACGUCUGCUACGACGAGGCCUUCCCCAUCUCCCACAUCCGCUUCUGGGUGCUGCAGAUCAUCUUCGUCUCCACGCCCACCCUCAUCUACCUGGGCCACGUGCUGCACAUCGUCCGCAUGGAGGAGAAGCGCAAGGAGAAGGAGGAGGAGCUGCGCAAGAUCCGGCUGCAGGAGGAAAAGGAGCUCCUCUUUAAGAACGGGGGAGGGGGCGGGGCGAAUGCUGGUGGAGGCGGGAGAGGGGGCGGCGGCAAAAAGGAGAAGCCGCCGAUCAGAGACGAGCACGGGAAGAUCCGCAUCAGGGGUGCCCUGCUGCGCACCUACGUGUUCAACAUCAUUUUUAAGACACUGUUCGAGGUGGGGUUCAUCCUGGGCCAGUACUUCCUCUACGGCUUCCAGCUGCGGCCGCUGUACAAGUGCGCCCGCUGGCCCUGCCCCAACACGGUGGACUGCUUCAUCUCCAGGCCCACGGAGAAAACAAUCUUCAUCAUAUUUAUGCUUGUGGUGGCUUGCGUGUCCCUUUUGCUGAAUUUGUUAGAGAUCUAUCACCUGGGAUGGAAGAAGGUCAAGCAGGGCAUGACCAAUGAGGCUUCACCCGAGCAUGAGUCGCUGCCCUGUGCUGACCCGGAGUCUGAGCCCAACCCCGCUACCCCAAUCCCUGCCCCGAGAACUGUUGCCCCCGUCCUCUGCUACCCGCCGAACUACACAGAGGUGACUGCGGCAGGGGGCGGGGCGUACCCAUUACCAGCGGGGCCCGCGGCCGAGUUCAAAAUGGAGGACCCGCGGGAGCUGAUCUCCUCCUUCUACACCAGCAACAACAACAACCACCAGCAGCAGCAGCACCAGCGGCGGGCCUUGGAGCAGAACUGGGCCAACCAGGCCACCGAGCGGCUGCAGACUCUGGAGAGGAAGCCCGAGUCCCCCUGCCCCUCCAAAAGCCCUUCCUCCCCCUCGUCCCCCUCCCCGACUUCCUCUCCUAUCUCUGAUGGCAGUAUCCAUGGCGACCAGCCACAGGAGCAGCCGCCGCCCCUGGACGACGGCGAGCAGUUACCGCCAGACAAGGGUCGCGUCACCACCAUGGUGGAGAUGCAUGAGGCGCCCCUGGUUGCCAUGGAUACCCGGCGGCUGAGUCGGGCCAGCAAGACCAGCAGCGUCAGGGUCAGACCUAAUGACCUGGCUGUCUAGCCCCCCCUCCCCACCCCACCU